GUGGAAAAGGGUUGCAAAUCCAAUAAGCCCUUAAAAGGAUGUAGCCAGAGACUCCGGAAUCAUAAUGGCAAAAAUGGGGUUUAUUAUUAUUAAUGCCAAAAGACGGAUCAUUGGGUUUUGAAGAUUUCCUAAGAAUCCGUUCCUGCAACCCUCUUCGGAAAUAUGCAAAGAAUGUCAUCGGAACUGUUAAUCCACAAAUAGUAGUAAUCCUCGAAAAUGUACCUGAAAUUCGAAAAUUUCACCUCAGAAAUUUCGAAGUGGGAGUUGAAAUCCGAAAAGGACAAGGACGGCGAAAAGGUAUAAAUAGAAGCACCAUGCAGAAGUACUUCAUCCUUUCCCUGCUCCUCGCUUCGGCCUUUGCCGACUACCAGCCCUCGUCCCAGCCGGAUUCAGGCAGCGCCGUCGACCAGGCUUUGGCGGCGCAGCAGGAGCAGCAGAACGCCAUAAUGGCAGCAGCGAUGCCGCCGCCGCCUCCUUACUACGCCAGCUACGGCCCUCAGGACCCCGUUCAACAAUACGUUGCCAAUUACGGACCUGCCAAUAUACCCGUCGGGUACGGGAAUUAUGGACCUGAUCAGGGAUACGCCGUCCAAACUGGCAUCGAAGGAUUUUUAGUGCCUGCUUCAUACACACCUCCACCAACGACUACUUCCAGUUAUCCAUUGAGACUGUUUUCUUCAUUCCCAAGGGUUUUAGCUGAUGCCAUAAGCAGAGUCGGAGUCUACCUUUUGGGUGGAGCAGGAUUCUUACUUCUCGGAGGUGCUUUUGCAGCUCUCGUCUGCACCUUCACACCAUUCUGCACCAUCUCUUUCUUGGGACUCGGAUUGGCUAAAGAAUCUGUUAGAUCUUUCAUGACACCAGACAAAUUGACUGCAGCAACUAUUUUCUUGAAAGAAGCCAUCGACAAGUACCAAAGUCUUCAGAAGCGUAAUGUUGAAAACUCCACAAAUAAACGUAGAUGA